AUGAGUUUCCGACCGGUGGAGCUGGAGAGAGGAAAGAUCCUGCACAUCAAGGCCCUCGCUCUGGGGGACCUGAACAAGGCAGGCCAGAGGGAAGUCUUCUUUGAACUGAACGGACAGCUGAGAUCUGUGCUGGUGAAAGACACUGUCGCCAUGAAGGAAAUGAAGUUCCACCCCAAGGCUCAGAAGUCUAUCAAGGGUCAGGUGGGAGCGCCCAUGCCUGGAAAAGUUGUGGAGGUGAAGGUGGAAGUUGGAUCCAAGGUGGAGAAGGGGCAGCCACUGUGUGUCCUCUCUGCCAUGAAGAUGGAGACCGUGGUCAACUCCCCGUUAGCCGGCACCAUCAAGGCGGUGCAUGUCAGGGCUGACGCCUCCCUCGAAGGAGGCGACCUGAUACUGGAGAUUGAGGAGUAGAGGGAGGUAUUAAAGUCUCUGAAUGAUGAGGGGGGGGAGGGGGGGGAGGUAAAAACACUUAUCUGUUGCACACAAGCUGCACACAACACGUUGGUGUAAAUAGAUUAUCUGACAAUCCUGAUACAUGAAUCUGAUGGGGAUUCCUUAAUGAACUGUACCACUAAUCGAACUAUAUUAUCUCUUAGGCGUGGUGAUUAGUAUUUCAGUACAUCUCUUAAUGUCCUGUCAACUUGUGGAGAAUAACAUAUCUUAGAAAGACCUAUAUUUGAAUUGUUAUACAUUCCAUUACUUGCUCAUCUCACUAGUCUUAAAUGUGAUGUACUACAAACUGAGCUGAUCAUGUGUAACUAACAGGGUUCUAACAUCUACUUGCAAUUAAAUGUCACAAUUUCCAUUGAUAUGCUGUUGAUGUUGCUUAAUAUAUUCAAAGUGUGUAGAUGAAACUUUAUAUUAAUGUUUUUCUUGGGUUAGGACAAGAACUAUGUAUGCUCGCCUUGGCAUUACUGAUCUCUGAGCGUCACUGACUUUUGUAGGGUAAACAUGUACUGUUCUUUCGAAAGACAAUGAAGCACACAUCUUACGGAAAAUAAAUACAAAUAUUAACACAAUGAGAGAAGCACAACAGAUCAAAGCACUGUUUCAGGGCCAGAUGUUUAAAGUGUUUUGCUACUGUAUCAGAAAUAGUAGAUGGUUUACUUUUGGAAAGAUCUUCGCUGGUGAUGGAAAUGUUUCCCCAUUCACACCUGUCUUUAAAUCCCAUGAAGCUGUCGGCCAUUUUGGAGACAAACUAACAGGAUUAGUCAUGUUAUUUUUUUGAAGUAUAUCUAAAACCAAUUGAGCUCUAUCUGCUGGAUUUUAAAAGUGUUAAAUCACAGGCUGCUAAAGUAUCUUUCUUUUAUGGUCUCUCAUUUCAAAAAGCUUUCACAGCGCAGCUCGUCCAUCUUUUAAUAACCAGGAGAGAUUAUGGUGAACGGUCUUCUGACUGCAAGGGGAUUUUAAGGCUAGGUGAAAAUGGGAUUACAUGGUGGUGUAAUGGAGGCGUGUGGUGGUAUUUUCUGCGGCUCUGCUGAUGGAUUUUUAAAUGAAUUCUCUGUCAAAUGAUGUGAAAUUAGCCGGACUAAUAACAGGCUCUGGAGACUACCAGUAGCAGCGCUCGGCUUUAUAUUUCUAAUGUGUGUGUUUGCAUAAAUUAGUGUGGCUGUCUGCAAGCAAAUUCACAAGUCAACCAGUCCUUAAAAUAAUGCACCUCGAGAAUUAAAUACCUCCUAAAAGCAAUUCAAUAUUCAUAACACGCACUGAUGCAAACAUAUUUGUACUAACACUCCCAGCCCUUCUGCUGCCUAGAUACAAACAAACACACCUCUCAGUGGUGUUGCGCGGAUGUCAAACAUUACAGUUCCUGAAUUUAACUGACAAGAUUCAACCGAUUCCACAAAUGCCAGACUUCUCAAUUAUUUGGAUGUCUUGAACCUGGAAGUGAUCAAUGCUAAAUUGAAUAUUUCGCCACCCUGACCACCAGUGAAAGUAGAUAAAUAAUUAGCUCACAUAGUAAUGACAGUAGGAAAGGAAGCGUCACAUCUCCCUGUUAUGCAGUGAACGAGCAGAAAAUAUAUGACAGCCUACUUUCCCCAAACAUCAAUACAGCUUUGAUGGACUAAUCAAAGCACACAAAUAAAGUUGAACUGUCCCGGCAUUUUUGCUCCAUUACCUCUGAGAAUGAGACCCCCUUCUGAACGAUGCGUCUAUACUAAGCAGUGACACUAUGUAAGUACGAAACUGAAACGUCUUCUCGCUCUCCCAAGCCCCCUGUACUCCUGGCUUUAUCAAUCUGUAUUAACUACUGGAAUUGUAUGAGUGUUUUCAACCAGCUGUUGCAAAAUAAUGUUAAGUUCCCUCACUCGUCCAACCACCUUUUCAUCUCGUCUUUCUUCUCAACAGUGUAAAUGUUCACAUGUCAGAUGGUGGUUUCCUCCAAUGCAAUAAUGUACUGAAUCGCAGUGUUUCUCUGUCUUAGCCAGCUGUUAUUGUAACAACCAUGUUUCUGACAAUGUACUGCUGUUAUUGUCUGGGGUUAAAAAAAAGAAUAAAUGGGAGGAAAAAAAGCACAUACUCUGUAA